AUGGAAAGCAGCGACGGGGAAGCCGUCGACAAGCGCCGCGUCCACCUGCGCCCUGUUACGCUGCGCGAUCCCGCCCCCGUCUUGCUGCACCUUCUGCCCUGCGAGGUUCUGGUUAACCGGCCCGCCCCCGUGGGGCUCUUCUUCACCCCGGCCAUCCGCCAGGGUCCCGACGGACUGGAAGUGUCGUUCCGGGGCCGCAGUCUACGCGGCCAGGAGGUGAUGGUGCCAGCCGGCCUCGUGGGAUAUGUGAUGACAGAAGAGAAGGGAGAGGUGUUGCUGGGGAAGCAGGACUUCUCGGAGGGCUUGGAGGAUGACGAGCAAGAGGAGCGGGAACUGGUGGAGCCUCCGGAGGCGCUGGAGCGCGACUUCGACCGCUUUAUUGGAGCCACAGCCAGUUUCAGCAGCUUCACCCUGUGGGGCCUGGAAACUAUCCCCGGUCCCGAUGCCAAAGUGCGUGGGGCCCUAACCUGGCCCAGCCUCGCUGCAGCGAUUCACGCACAGGUACCCGAGGACUGA